CUUCAUUUACCAUUAGCAGUUUGUCAGCUUAGAGGAAAUAGUGCACGAUUAUUUGCAUCUAGCUUUUAUCAUGUGAUUCUCCAAAAACCUUGGAUCUCUUUGCCCUCUGAUUUGGAAUUGAGAUUUGCUCAGGAUUUGGAAGGUGAUAAAAAUAAUGGAAUGACAAAUGACUUUGGUUUGAGUGAAUUGCUAUGUCUAAAUGGCAGUUUUCUUGAAGAAUUUCAGCAAAUCCAAGGUCUUUUUAACAAGCCUGAUCUGAAAAUACAUGCAAAUAUAUCAUUAUUAAUGAAACAAUCAAAGCUUCGCUUAUCAUCAAGCAAGAUCUCAAAGGAAAAUUUGACUAGCCAAUUAAAAGAGAUACGAAAACAAAGAAAUGAAUCAAGAAAAACUCCACUUCAAGAAGCACUAUUUCAGCUAUCUGCAUCUGACAUUGC